CACUAAAGCAUUUAUAUACCUUUAGGACGGACUCAGGGCUCUGAAACCCUUAGAAAUGAUACGGACACACCUGGCGAGGCCGCUCCAGAGACCAUUUAAAAAAAUUCAUACCGCGUCCCAGGGUUUUAAGAAAGGUGCAACAAAGAAGGUAAUUUUCUGACUUUGAUAUUCAGCAGGUUUUACUUCACUGGUUAUUAGUUUUGUUGAAAAAGGAAUAAAUAUGGGAAUUAGAAACAUUUAAUUUGGUCAGAAAUGUCGCCAGAAAAAUUUGCAACUUUACUCAUAAGCGGCAAAAUACCUUCCUGAGUAUUAUAGUUUCUUCUAAUUCCUCUCUUUUUGCCUUUUGUUUGAUAUGAACACAACCGUUUACCAGAUGAAAUAUACCCACCAAUUGGACAGACUUGAUAUUCCAGUUGUAUGUAUUUAGUAGGAGAAAAGUAUUUACCGUUGUUUGUCGGACUUUGUCGUGGGUUUCAUUCUCACUUGGGUUCUUCCUUGAGGGAAGUUUUCGAUAAAAUAACGACAUGAACAGAACCCCGCUGUUGUUGCACAAGCGUCAAUCUUGCCAUGGGGUGAUUGGACGAAAUUCCCUCACUCAGGCACAUAAAUCCACGUACGCACGGCGCCUGCUGUGCUUGCUACACGCAUGUAUGUGGGAAUGUAUGCCAAACCUAACCUAAAUGCCCCUUAACAGAAGUGAAGGAGGCAAAAUCUGCUACCGUCACCCAACCAACCCUGGGCCUGCACUACUGCAUGUGCGUUGGACAAUUUGAUCCAAGGAAAAACUCGUAGGUUCAAGUGAUUUGAAGAAGUUAAUUUGAUACCACCAUACAAAAAGGACUACAGAAGAGAGAAAAAACUGCGUAGUCCAAUAUCUUGUAAUUUUACAUUUCCAGCGUAACAAAUGGUAGUGAUUUAGCAGAGUCAGCCCCCUCAAUCAUUUCCACGACCCAAAGAUAUGCCUUGAAACUGUUCUGAUAAAAAAUAAAUCAUCAUUCAAACUCCUCGCAUCAUCGUGUACGUCAAGGCAUGCGCGAAAUGCCAUGUUUGAUUUUCGCGCGCGUUUUAUCUGUGACGCAACAAAGAAACAAUAAGCACGCGUUGCCCAACCAAUGUCACUAGAUGAUUUGGCCGUCUCGAAACAAUUACAACGCCAGAAAUCGUUUUGUGCUCAUCGAGUUCGGAACAGCCUUAUUUUGCACUCGUUUUUGCCAGUUAUUUCGAAGCUUGAUUCAAUUGCCUCGAGAGAGAGAUGCUCAAAUACGAUCCUGAACAGAUCUCUAGAUUUGCUGGAACCACCACCGCCCGACUGAUAUCUGUCUCACCGAGCUACCCUGGAGAGUCAUCAGUCGGCGACCCAGCACCUAAUAGUGCUAAUUACGGUGGUGAACACUGCACGAUACCCGGCCCAUCCGCCCCGGAGUACCCCGCUGAUGCCCCGUCCAAAUCCAGCAGGCCUGGAACUACCGCCGGUCCGUCCGGUUGGUUUGGCGCCCUGAGUCGGAUGUUCCGACGCUGCCGGGUUGCUCCCCUCCAGACCAAGCCCCCUGACAUCCGUGCACCCGCGCCGUCUCAUGGAACGACAGACGGUCGGGGGACAAGAAAGAGGUGGUUCGCUUGUCCGUGGACCUCUCGAUCGCAAAAGGCAUCCAGGACUGCCGAGUCCAACAGAGUACCGACGAGAAGGCCUCGUGUACUACGAUCCAGCCGGGUUGCUCCCGUCGGCGAUCAAGCUGCCAUGCCUUCACGGGGACUGGGCAUGCGCAGGACUGCAGCUAUGGCUGAUUUGACCGAGUUAGAUAACACUUUGCGGGUCACUCUACCUGAAAAGUCACAAAGCAAGUCGUGGAGCAAUGAGCCUCCGGACCAAAGUGAUGAAUAUGCUGGAGCGCCCUGCAUUGACAAGAAAAGUCUGCGCUUCGUCUGGAAGGAUCCCCAUUGCUCGCUGAUUCUCGGCCGGGGACAGAGCGGAGUGGUCCGCCUGAUGCGGUACCGGAAGCCAGAGGGAGGUUCGUCGUUGGUAGCGGUAAAGCGGUACUUGGCGAGGUCCCAUUCUGCCAUGUCCAAGGAGAUUAGGGCCCUGCGGGCGGUGGACCACUGCCCCAUCUUUCCAGAGCUAGUGGGGGUCAUCUCCGAUUAUUCCUUCGCCCAGAAGUUCGUGGGGGACCCGAAGACAUUCCAGACGCUGAGCGUCGCCGAGGCGCUGAUCACGGGCGAGCCUCCAAUCUCAAGCGAAAACUGGGCCUGGGUACUCUACGACGUCAUUACUGGGCUGUUCGCUCUCCACCAAUCAGGCUGGGCCCACUGCGACCUGCAGUGCAACAACGUGCUGCUGUGGCGGGACUGGAGCCAAUCGGACGACUCUGGAGAGAGGUGGCACGGCCGAAUCAUCGACCUGGGAAACGCGCAAAGGUUGAAUGGGCCCACCUCACAGUGCCUGACGCUGACGCCCAUACAGAAGGACGCUUAUUACCGCUUUAGCAGUCACAUCGCCCCUGAGGUGGUGGAGGGUCUGGUGCCUUAUGGCGUGAAGUCGGACAUCUACAGCAUGGGGUCACUGAUAAGUGACAUCGCCUUCAAAUCCUUCGGGAUGUCUGAACUCUUAUUUCUCUCCAAGGCCUGCAUGGUGACCACUCCAGCGCAGAGGCCAACAAUGGAAGCCCUUCUGAUAGAACUGGACGUCUGGUUGCAAGACCACACCGGGCACAGCUUCUUUCCGUAGUACAGUUGGGCUAUUGCUCAUGAGUAAUUCGAGUUUUUACAACUUUGUUUCGUUUGCUUUGGGCUAUAUAGUUUUUAACUUCAUCCAUUUAAUCUCUAAUUGAGGCUGUCUUGGCAAAUGGAGCUCCACUGUCUGUCAACACCGUUUAUCACUUUAGCUCAUUGUUGGAUUUCCAUUUAGUACCAACUAUCGAAUAUCUAAAGAUGUGUCUCUAGCCCAAGACUUAGACGGAGCCACUACUGGGAAAAAUGCCCAGGCCCGGUGGUCGAUGUGAUGUAAAAUUUGGAUUUCUGAACCUGCACUCUUUCCACCAUUUAAAUGCAAACAGGCUAUCCAUCGCAAACACGUGUAUUUUAGCCCCGUUUGUUCUUCAUAUGGCCUUAAUCCUUCUUGACUAAAAAUGCAAACGUCUUGUCCAAACCCUACAUCUUUCCAUGAUUUUGUGCUUAGACCGUAUAGUAUCAACAAAAGUUCGAAGGAAGAAUUUACGUGCACUUCGGUCACAAGUCGAAGUUCUGCCAAGACAAUAGUGAAGAAAAGACGCCAAAAAAAGCUAAGUAUCAUCUCAGCGAGUAAUUGAUUGGUUUGCUUUCCCGACUUCCAACUCUACACUUAAUGGUUUUCAUACCUUCGACUCUUCGUAUUCCGUGCUACUAGUCUACAUCGUGCAGUGUCGUGGUCUAAACGUUAAACUUUAUUUAACAUCAUAAUAGGAAGGUGGAAACUCUUGUUUGGCCGUUUGUUUCAGAGCGAUGUCUGGAAAGGCAAAACUCCUAAAAUUGUAUUCAUUGAUUAAUGCUUGCACGAAGGUUUGCUGAACACCAUUUCUACCCUUCAACAUUGCAGACGCAGAAAGAAAGUCAUGCAUUGUAGGAAGUACUUUCAACUGUUUUUUCCUUGUACUAAAAUACCGGUAGUUGUCAAACGGCGUUUAGCCAAGAUGUCUUUGCUGUGUAAAAUGUGUUCACUCCUAGUUUUAAAUCAAUAUUUUCAGAACAGAAGUUGAUCCUAAACCCUCUUUUACUUUUUACUUGAUGUCGACAAGACUUGGACGAAAAUUUCAAUGUUACUAUGGUAUGUGCACAAAAAAGUCUUGUAUUUUGUUUUGCUGGCCUAGAUUUUCUCUUCUCUGGUGAUUAAUUUUGGGCAAGUGCAUAGCAAUUAGCAAGGAAGCAACCCUUCCUUGGAACCCAAAAUUGUUUUCAUUGAGUUAAUUCUGAAUUCACAAUUUGAAUAGAAAAAAAAACCAUGCACUG